AUGGCGGAGGGGGAGACAGAGAAGGAAUAUGACACACGGAAAGCUAUCGAGGAGCUCCGAGAGCGGUUCCAGGGUUUGACCACACUUCUGAAAGAGAGCUCGCAGUCUCCGCUGGAAGCCUCUCUGCAUUUCUGCCAGGAGUUUUGCCAGGUCCUUGUGGAACAUGCCGGUCGUUGGAAAACUGAUGAGGAUCCACUGCCUUUGCUGGAGGUCUACACUGUGGCCAUUCUCAGCUUUGCUAACACAGCGUCCUGUCUCUCCUCCGAAUGUGAAAACGUGCAACUCCUACUUGAAAAGUUAGCACUGAGCUGUGCGGAGCUGGUGCUCUUACUGCCCCAGCAUGUCCCUGGUGCCUUAUGGGAGGAGUUUCAGUCCUCCAUGAAGUUGGCACACAGCCUUUUGCAGGAAAGUGGGAGUACACAACUGCGCUUGCUUUCAGUUCUGGCACAGCAGGAUGGCGUCUGGUCCAACACCACACUAAGCAGCAUCCUGUCCAAUACAAUCCCUCAAACUGAGCAAGUUCACGAGUAUCUUGAAUUGGAAGGUCCUACUCUUCUAAAUAUGCGAAUAAAGCACCUCAUCAAAGUGGACAGUGUUGAUAAAGCUGCUGUCCUUGCAAAGAUGUGCUCAGAGUAUCCGGGAUAUGAAGGAAAAGGGAACUUCAAGCAAACCUACUUGCUCUGCAUCUGCAUGACCAAAAGUCAGGAGCAGCUAAUGGAAGAAAUAUCAUCUAUAGACUGUAAAGAUGCUCUUGAAAUGAUCUGCAACUUGGAGUCAGAGGGAGAUGAGAAAGGAGCAUUCUGCUUAUGUUCUGCCUUUCUCAAGAGACAGCUUCUUCAAGGAGAUGUUUAUUGUGCCUGGGAACUCACACUGUUCUGGAGUAAGCUACUUAUGCGUUCAGAGUCGUCUGCUGAUUCGUUUCUCAGCCACGGCAAAGAGAUGGCUCUUCUCUGCAGAAGUGUCUGUCACAUUCUGUUUCUCAUCAAAGUCAUCCAAAAUGAGGUUGGAGAGGUGGGACUUCCAGUGUGUGUGGAAAUGUGCAUUCAAGCUCUGAAAAUGACCUCCAGCGACCAUAAAGAUAGCAAGUCUACCAUCUGCAAGACUAUUUCCUGCCUCUUGCCAACUGAUUUAGAAGUUAAGCGUGCAUGCCAGCUGACUGAAUUCCUCCUCCAGCCCACGGUUGACUCGUAUUAUGCUGUAGAGUCACUGUACAACGAACCUGACCAAAAGCCAGAGGAGGAUGGGAGUCUACCAGUGCCCAAUUCUUUACGCUGCGAAUUACUGCUGGCCUUGAAGACACAGUGGCCUUUUGAUCCAGAGUUCUGGGACUGGAAAACACUGAAACGCAAUUGCUUGGCACUGAUGGGUGAGGAGGCAGCUAUUGUGUCAUCUAUUGACACACUCAAUGACACAGAUGAACAAGAAGUGGAAAGUGCACUUGGCAAGCUCCCUGAAUACAGAGACCUGGAGGAUUUUCUCUUAACCACUACAAAUGAACUCAAUGAAAUCACAGAUGAAAGAGAAAAAAACAGAGAGGCUAAAAAACUUCGGGAGCAGGGAUUUGUGUCUGCUCGGUUCCGAAAUUGGCGAGCCUACAUGCAGUAUUGUGUUUUGUGUGACAAGGAGUUCUUGGGUCACAGAAUUGUUCGUCAUGCUCAGAAGCAUUUCAAAGAUGGAGUGUAUCUUUGUCCAAUUUGUGCUGACAGUUUUGAAAGUAGGGAGGUUUUAGAGCCACAUGUAGCAUCACAUGUAAAGCAGUCUUGCAAAGAAAGACUGGCUGCAAUGAAAGCUGCUAGGAAGGUAACCAAACCACCUCAGUCCCCUAAAAGUCCAUCAAAAAAUUCAAAAGUUGCUGCCAAGACAAACAUUAGUCCUGUUAAAGUUGAAUCUCAAAUUGGCAAUCCAUCAGUGAUCACAGCUCCUGUUAAGAUAGAACAAACUACAUCGGACACACAAAUAAGUCAAGACUGUUUCUGUCCUGUUAAAAAUUGUUCCAAGGCUUUCAAGUUUUUCCGUAACCUCAUGGCUCAUGUGCGAUCCCACAAAAACGACGAAGAAGCCAUGAGGUUUUUAGAGAUACAAAAACAGAAAGUGGUGUGCCAGUAUUGCAGACGGCAGUUUGUUAAUGUAAGACAUCUUAAUGAUCAUUUGCAGAUGCACUGUGGCACAAAACCAUACAUCUGUAUACAGUUGGAUUGUAAGGCCAACUUUAAUUCCAAUUCUGAACUUCUCAUGCAUAGAAAAACACACCCGGAGUUUAAGGCACAGUGCAUGUUCCCUAACUGUGGCAAAGUUUUCAGUGAGGCCUACCUGUUGUAUGAUCAUGAGGCUCAGCAUUACCUUACCUACACCUGCCAAACGGAUAACUGUGGUAAAAUAUUCUAUUCGCAGUCCCAAUUCUUGUCUCAUCAAGAAAAUCAUGUUACAAAUGAUGCAGUCAACAAUUUGCCCAUCACAAAUCAAAACCCUCCUGUCACUCCAAACGUUGAACCACCACUUACAAGCACCCCAAGCAAAGAAGACCCAUGUUCUGCUGUGGAUUGCCUUGAGAGGAGUAAUACAGAUGUGGAUGUGAACGAAGCAUCGAAGGCAAGCACAUCACCUUGCAGAUCACCUGACGGUUCUAAAGAUCCUAUUCCAUUGAGAGUGAAACACUCAGUGGAAAGCAUGCUGAAUUCUGUGGCAGAUCCUGAAAUGAAAGAACCAGAGAAAUGCUACACUCCACUGACAAACCCCACUCCAGCACCAGAUGAUGUAGAACCAGCACCAGAGGCUCCACAUGUACAGCAUGAUGUGGGAGGGCAAGGUGAGACUCCUCCAGUAAAUCCUGUACCCAAUGCUACAAAUCCAGUAGUAAGUCCACAGGGAGAAGGGCAUAAUAAUGUGCAAGCUAAUGAAUUUCAGAAAGCGAUACCACAAAUCAUUUCUCCAUCUCAAAUCAAAACAGAAAUUCCUUGUUCGCUACAAGGAUACCCCUCCAGCACACCUGCCGUAACUGUCAAUGAAGACAACCUGCAUUGCUGCCCAUACAGUGUCUGUACACGGGCAUACAGUACAAAUAAAAGUCUGUCUAGACAUGUGAAGAAGCAACACCCAGAAAUAUUUGAGGACUGGAAAUUGGCAAAGAAAUAUAAUAAAGUGGCCAAAAUUACAGCAAAAAAGGCACCACCUGGACCAGCUUCGCCCAAUGUGUCUCAGAACCUUGUUAACAGGCCAUCAGAUCAACCAGGAAUACUAUGCAACAAACCUGGGAUGCAGCAAAUGGAUUACCCAAUGGGAUCUUCAGCCACACAUGCCCAAUGUUAUCCUAGCUCAAUGGAGCCUGUGCCUAUCACUCCAAUGGUGAACCCCACUCUAUACCCAUCAUGGGGAAGCCCAAACAGUUCCAGUGGUCUAAUGCAGUCAGACAUGUCCCAGUCUUGGUCUUCACCUCCCAUCAACAACUGCUAUCCAGAUGCCUUCAACAUGAAUGAGUACCCCUCCCGCAACUAUCCUCAAUGGCAGGCAGAACCUUAUCAAACCACAGCGUCUCUCCCAUCUGAAAGAGAUCAUUCAAUGGCAGCUAUACAUGGUCCUACUAUGUCUCAUGCUCCUUCAGAUUCGAGUUUGAUGUCUCAGUAUGUGUCCAGUUCUUUGAUGCUUGACAAUGGAGGGCAAUUGCAUAAUGGAGGGCAUCAGUAUGGACUAAUGCCUCCGGAAGGCAGUGGAGAAAAUGUAGAUGUAAGAAAAGCUAGUGCAAGUGAGACCGAACAGUUGGAUAAUGGAAACAGUAUCUCAACAAUUGAGAGCCUACCUGAAGGAGGUUACCACACUCCAUAUGCUCAGAGUGAAAACUCUUGUCCCACUCAGAGCUCAUCAGUUGAUAUUCCUUUGAAAUGUCUGAGCCCAGAGGCCCAAGUUGCUUUAAAAGCUACAACUGAACUGAUUAAAACAGAAAACGUGGCAACUCCUGGUUAUGAACAGAUGGAAAACUCGGUGGAUGGCCUGCUUAGUCCACAGAGUGUCAUCCACACUGAUUUUCCUUAUGACGAGGACUGUCCUAGCGCUGAAUGCGAGGCCACCCCCUCAGAUGAAAAGAGCAGUGACCCUGACUUGCAAAAAGGAAAACGCAGCAGGUUAAGCAAGCGAACCAAAUGGCCAGCCAUCAUCAAGGAUGGUAAGGUCAUCUGUAGGAGAUGCUUCAGAGAGUUCACCAGCACAAAAUCUCUCGGAGGUCACCUAUCUAAACGCUCUCAGUGCAGGCCAUUAGAUGAAAUUGACCUGACGGCUGAUCUGCCAACAUCAUUUCUUGAUUUUCUUAAUGACCCUCAUGUCCCUGACACUAAUGGAGCAAUAUACAAUGCGUCAAAUGGUGAUUUCUCACAGGAGUCUUGUAGUUUGACUACUCUGACUUCACCUAUGGUGUUGAAACAGGAACCCCAGUAUACAAAUAUUGUAGACUAUUCCAAUUCCUUUCCUGUUGCCACAGAAAACCAGCAAGAGAAAGCAACAGAGUUGGCUUAUCCAGCCCUCAAUGUACCUUAUCAAGAGGAUCAUUUAAUGGAAAUUUCCCAUGCCUUCCAAAGGCUGGAUUUGAUUGAGGCCGCACAAGAGAAGAUGCGGAGUAGUCUGUCCUUAGAGCAAAAAGUCAGUCAUUGUGAUACAGCUUCUGACAUUGAAAAAAGUAAGAUACUGAGCAAAAGUGAUGACAAGCCCGCUGAAAAGGUACCUAAACCUUUUAAAUGCGACCAGGAUGAUUGUGAGUACUCAUUCAUGACAAAGGAGGCAUUAUUCAGACACUUGACUAAAAUGCAUGAUUAUUCCAAUGAGAUGAUAGAAGAACUCAAAAGAACCCCAUGCAAACUGUCUCCAUAUCCUUGUCAGAUUUGCCCAAAAACAUUUACCAGAACGACAGGGUUGAGAAUUCAUUAUGAAAAAGUCCACCGUUUGUCAAAGACAGAAAUGCAGAAGCUUAGGAUAAGUGCUCGAAAUAGGCGUGCAUUUAGACUAAACAAAGAGGAUGUGUUAAUUGGCCGUGCAAAUACUGAUACCAAUGCCAAUCGUACAACACAAUCUGCAGCUGUUGUACCUACUAUAAAACAAGAACCAUUUGACAUUGCAAUUGCACCCCAAACAGAUAAUGAGAACAAUCCAGAAGUUCCUCAUGUCACUUCACCAGGACAUACAGUACAAGAGAGCUUCACACAUGCAGUAUCAACUGUUACACAGCUACCCUCACCUCAAAGCUACAUGAACGACAGGUCAUUCAGUGAGAUGUCACCAUCAGUUCUCGAGAGAUCCCCAGAGCAACAUAAAGUGGCUGUCAUAAACAAGAGUCCAGAUGGGAAACAGAAAUCCAUGUUAAAAAAGAAACUCAGUCCAUUUGGGACAUCAAAGGAGCAACGAAAAUCAGAUGCAUUGUUGAGCAAGGUAAAAGAACCAAAGUCCAGCACUCCUACUACAUCUGCUUCAUCCUCCCCAGAAAAACCCAGCAGCUCCAAAAACACACCCACAAAGGAUGAAUCCCAGAGAAAGGAAAAACUUCAGAAACGAAUGGGACUCAAGAUGUGUGACACAGAUAAUGCCUAUAGUCCAUACAGACCAUAUCGCUGUGUUCAUGAAGGAUGCACGGCUGCAUUUACCAUUCAGCAAAAUUUGAUUCUCCAUUACAGAGCCAUGCAUCAGGCAUCCCUGCCCCCAAGCAAAGUUGAACCAGAGGCUGAAAAGACUAGUGUUAGAAAUGGACAGGAGAGCAAUGAGAGCAUAGGCAAAGAUAAUGAAGUCAGAUGUCAAGUGAAAAACUGUUCAAGGGUGUUCAUGGGAAUCACAAGGUUAGUGCAGCAUUACCUCUUACUUCACAAGUUUACCCGUGAUAAAGCUACCGCCAUGAUGGCCAGCAUGAGCAUAGGGACUUUCGACUGUGACCGGCCAGAAUGCGCUCUCCCCUUCAACUCUGUGGAGAAGUACAUAGAGCACAUUAAAAAUUACCACAAGGAAAUCGCCAUCUCUGAGAGCGGCUCAGUCGAUACCACUUUCAGAUGUGAGUAUGAAGAAUGCGAUCGCGUUUACUCUACAAAAUCGAACCUCCUCCGUCACCUGAUCAAAAAGCAUAAUUAUGUUUAUGAUCCGAAAGCAAGUGAUGGAAGAAGGACUAAGUCAGUGGGGCUCUUCCCAGGGAUGAACAAUGGGAAAGAAAACGUUGAAAACAAAUUCAAAGUGAAAAAGAAAAACACUAAAAAGAAAGAUGGGAAGUCCAUUGAGCAUUGGACUAGUUUUGGAAAACCUACACUAAAAUCCCACGAAGAAGCAUCAGCCAUGUGCACUAAGAAAUUUGCCUUGCAAUAUCCAUGCAUGAUAAUAGGCUGUGAUGCGGUGGAGCAGGCUGAAAGAAGCAUAUUUAAGCAUUACACCACUCAUGGCCUCUCAGAGCGUUACAUUGAAGACCAGAGGAGUCAGUUCAUAUAUUGCAAAAAGUACUCACGUGCCAGAUUUAAAGAUGCAAACAAAUCGGAGGGCGCAUCAAGUUCAUCCUCUGAGGAGACGGAGCCAGAAGACGGCGAGAAGUCUAUUGACCAGAAGACAGAUGAUCUGGAGGACAGCAUAGGCCAAGAGGACAGCAAGAUGUCAAAUGAUGACAGUGCAGAAUCUCAAGCUUCCACUGGGACAGAAGGGGGGACUAAAAGGGGCCGUCCCAGAAAACCUGCACAUCCUACACCAGCUUGUCCAGAGAGGAUGCAGACCCUAAGGAAUCGUACGACUGUUAGCAGUUCAAGAGAGAACUCAAAUCCUGGUACCCCUACAGCCCCAGAACAACGAGAUGACGGGGUUUUGCCAGGGUCUUUUAAACCUUUAGGACUUGAGGAUUCUUUCCUUAAGUUCUUGGAAACCUCAGAGUCAACCCACUCUUCCAAACGCAAACUAAACGACAAAUCUAGUGCUGAACUGCCGUCCAAAAGACAACAAACUCACAAACAGAAAACUGCAGUGAAAACUAAAAUACCCGAUGAUUUUAGAGGUUGUGAAAAUCUUGUCGACUUCAGAAAUCCCCUUAAUCUUAAAUCAGUGAGCAAUGUCAAAAUUGUCAUGGAUAAAACAUUUUCAGACGGUGCUGAUCUUUUGCUAAAGCAGCUACAAGAUAUGAGGCCCAUAGUCAUAAUAAAAAAAUGGCUUUAUAGCGGAUCAUAGCCCGAUACUACUCUUUUCAACUCAAUCUCACUCAGGAUUUGAGAAGUAUGCUGCAGUAUGGUUUGUUUGUUAAUGCAUCAGAUUCCGAACUGUUAACAGUAAUGGUCACAGUUAAUGAUGAAAUGGCCUAUUUUGUACUUAUUGAAAAAUGUCUUGGAUGAUUUUAAGUAUGUAUGUUAGUUAUAAUAACCAGGUAAUCUAUAGGGCAUAGAUUUUAGAAACAUGUUUGUAUUUAUGCUUAGUACUGAAGAUGUUUUUUUUUUUUUUUUUGCUAAAUGGAGACUUUUAAAGAAAAACUAUGUUUUUAUAUAUCCCUAUGGGAUUUCAAGUUCUGUUUGUAUUUAUUUCAUCCUUUUUCAACACUAGUAGACCUAUCUGUAAUAUUUACAUGUCUUCCACAAAGUGUUCAA